AUGCCCUCAACUACCAUUUUCACAACCCCACCACUAGUCACCACCAGCACCACCCCCACCCAAUGUAACUAUUCUCUACCCCCUGACAGGCUUGCAUUAUUGAUAGACAAAUCCAAAACUAUCAGACAAAUCCUUCAAAUCCACGCAUCUCUCAUCCGCCAUGGCCUGGAAACCCACCCGGUCUUGAACUUCAAGCUCCAGCGAUCCUAUUCUACCCUUGGCCGCCUUGACUACUCCGUGGCCCUUUUUAACCUCACCCACAACCCCAAUGUCUUCUUCUACACCUCCAUUAUCCACGGGCAUGCCGUCAACAAUCUCCACGAACAAGCUUUUGAGUUCUAUGUCCAAAUGUUGACCCACGAUGUCGAACCCAAUGCAUUCACAUUCUCGUCCAUCCUCAAAGCCUGCCCACUUGAAUCUGGAAAAAUUCUCCAUUGCCAAGUCCUCAAACUCAGAUUUGAUUCUGAUACGUAUGUGAGAACAGCUCUUGUUGAUGUCUAUGCUAGAGGUGGUGAUGUUGCCUCUGCACGUAAAUUGUUUGAUACUAUGCCUGAAAAGAGUUUGGUUUCUUUGACAGCAAUGAUCACGGGUUAUGCGAAACAUGGGGAUGUCGAUGAGGCACGGGUUUUAUUUGAUGCAAUGGAGGACAGGGAUGUUGUGAGUUGGAAUGUCAUGAUAGAUGGGUAUACUCAGCAUGGAAGGCCAAAUGAUGCUUUUGUUCUUUUCAGGAAAAUGUUGAAGGCUAACCUGAAGCCUAAUGAAAUAACUCUACUAGCAGUUCUCUCUGCUUGUGGGCAACUUGGAGCACUGGAGUCAGGCAGGUGGGUUCAUUCGUACUUAAAGAAUAAUGGGAUUGAGAUCAAUGUUCAUGUGGGUACUGCAUUGGUUGAUAUGUAUAGCAAAUGCGGUAGUUUGGAGGAUGCACGCUUGGUUUUUGAUAAGAUUAAGAAUAAGGAUAUUGUUGCUUGGAAUUCGAUGAUUGUGGGGUAUGCAAUGAAUGGAUUUAGCCAAGAAGCUUUGCAAUUGUUCAGUGACAUGGGUGGGAUGUUGCUCCACCCCACUGAUAUAACCUUUAUUGGUAUUUUAAAUGCUUGUGCGCAUGCAGGGUUGGUGUCUGAGGGUUGGGCCUUUUUCUGUUCAAUGAAAGAUGAAUUUGGUAUUGAACCAAAGAUUGAGCAUUACGGAUGUAUGGUGAAUCUUCUAGGCCGAGCUGGGCAUUUGAAAGAGGCAUACCAACUUGUCAAGGACAUGAAGAUUGCCCCUGAUCCUGUUUUGUGGGGAACAUUACUUGGUGCCUGUAGGCUUUAUGGAAAUAUUGGUUUGGCAGAGGAAGUUGUAAGGUUCCUUGUGGACCAUAAUCUAGCCAAUUCAGGAACUUACAUUCUUCUUUCUAACAUAUACGCUGCCACAGGCCAUUGGGAUGGGGUGGCAAGGAUGAGAACCCUGAUGAAAGAUAGUGGUGUGCAAAAGGAGCCGGGUUGUAGCUCAAUUGAAGUGAAUAAUAAGGUGCAUGAGUUCCUUGCUGGUAAUUUGAGACACCCAAAGAGCAAAGAAAUUUAUAUGAUGCUGGAGGAGAUAAAUGGGUGGCUCAAGGCUCAUGGUUACACACCAGAGACAGAUAUAGUAUUACAUGAUAUUGGAGAGAUUGAAAAGGAGCAGUCACUUGAAGUUCACAGUGAAAAGUUUGCUAUUGCUUUUGGGCUUAUUAGUACUCGACCAGGAACUACAAUCAAGAUUUUCAAGAACCUUCGGGUGUGCUCAGAUUGUCAUGUCGUAACCAAACUCAUCUCAAAAAUCACAGGACGUAGGAUUGUUGUGAGGGAUCGGAACCGGUUCCACCACUUUGUGGAUGGCUCAUGCUCUUGUGGUGAUUACUGGUGA